UUCUUGUAGGUGCAGAGCACAGUGUGACAAAAAUACUAAUACAAAAUAUAUAACAAAAUAAAAAGAAAACAAUGAAAGACACAAGAAAGAAGAGAGAAGAGCUCAGGAAGACAUGGGACCCAUUUCUACUUGUGCCCUUCACAGACCAAGAGGAGAAAACAGGCAAAUUGUUUGUGUUUUUGUAUUAUGUCAUCAUUUUCAUUAUUGGUCUGUUAGUGCUUGCAUUUGGCUUCUUCAGUAAGUCUGCCUUAAUGAUGUUGAUUAGUGUGUCAAGUCCAGAUGCUACCACGAUAUCAAAUAGGCCUUUCAGUCUGUUGUUUCUUGGGUGUGGUCUGAUUGUCCCCAAUGUGCUGGUGUUUCUGAAAAUGCUGUGGAAAAUUACUUUUACAGACUCAAGUUUACCUUCUAAAGAGGUUUUGUUUUUGGUGUGUGGGAUUGAACUACUUGUAGCUUUUGGCACGACAGUUCUCACAGUGGUUGCCAUGCCUCAUUUCGACAUUAUUACUAAUAUCAUGAUCCUGAACAGUGUCUGCAUACUGCCUGCUGUAAUUCAAGUAAUACAUCCAACCAUGGACAAAAUGACAAAAUGGUUAAUGCUCCCUCCACUGCUUUCCAUUUUCCUAGUGCUUGUAGGUUUUGUGCUUUUCUUUGUGGGUUACCAAAUGCAAAGAACAACUUAUGGUGUGGUUGGCAAUAAGGACAUAUACCUGUACAUUGGGCUAGCCAUAGGGAGCACUUUAUUGGUCUCCCUAAACUGGUGGGAGAACUUUACAUCCAUGAUUAAGAGCAAAAGACUAGACAGAAUUAGACUUGAUCUGGAAGCCUCCAGAAACAUGACCUACUUGAUCUCUAGUGUAGUGCGAAUUGUUGUCACAGGUAUUGUGGUAGGUGCGUAUGUCCCACUUUCAGGUCAAAGUUGGUCUUCCAUUAGAAAUGUUUCAAGUGAUAAAAUUACAAUUGUCCUCAGCCUGUUUGCCAUACAAGCAAUUUCCUCGGCUUUGUGUCACUGGUUUGGGGUCAUUGCUUGCAAAAUGCAUGCAUUUCGACGUGGUUUUACUUUGCCCACGAUCUUUACCACUCCUGCUGUGUUUGUUGCUUUCCUCUUCAUGCUUGGGAUGCGCUACAACACAGUUAAGGGUGCCUCUGGUGUUGGGAAUUUUUCUCUGACUAUGUACUGUGGUGAACUUAAUUCCACUCUUGGCAACGGGGUUCUUGUAGCUGAGAUGCUCUUCAGAGAUGUUAGCUAUGGUUUCUGCAGCAAUAUCAGAGUAGGGGGUCAGAAUGGAUUUGGCAUGGCACUGCUUGGUGUCUCAGCAAUUAGCUGGUGGAUAGGGCUGGUACUUUCCACACUGUAUGUCUGGUUGACCAAUAUGACACGACUUGAAAGGACUACAGAGCUCUUUGUUCGACGGCUGUAUGAAGCUGCAUUCGUAGACCAGUCCAUGCUGCUCAACACACGGUUCCACAUUUGGUUGUCUGAUAUCAAAACCACAGAAGCUAGUAUAAAGACCUUGGACCAUGUGACAGUUUACCUGUGUUCAACAAUGUGGCAUGAAACAUAUGAUGAAAUGAUGACAUUUAUUUCCUCAUUGUUCAGACUGGACAGAUACAGACCCAAACAUCGGUCACAAAGAGACCGGUUAAGUUUGGAGGGACACAUUUACUUCGAUGAUGCUUUUAUUGAGGAGACCAAUGAACAAUCAGGAAAGAAGACCCUAUACGCAAAUACACAUGUAGAGCUCCUAGUGAGGGUUAUAGAAGAAGUAUUCAGGAGUUUUGGUAGCAGUAAGUACUCUAUCUUCGAUGAACAUAAGCGCCUCUCUGAUACUGGGGAACAGAAAAUCAUGAGUACUCCUUACGGGGGUCGAAUCUGUUAUGUCCUUCCAAAUGGCAACCACUUGUACAUCCACUUAAAAGAUAAACUUCGGAUACGUCACAAAAAGAGAUGGUCACAGGUCAUGUAUCUUUACUAUCUGCUUGGCUGGAAGCUUACCAGAAAAUAUCUUAUCCGGCAGGACAGUGAAGACCAUAAAAUCUUGGAACAACAGCUGAAGAAAGAGAAACAAAACACCUACAUUCUGGCCUUGGAUGGUGACAUGAACUUCCAGCCAUCAGCUUUAAUGCUCUUGAUUGACCGUCUUAGAAUGUAUCCCACAGUAGGAGCUGCCUGUGGAAGAAUUCACCCAACAGGGUUUGGUCCAACAGUCUGGUUUCAGAAAUUUGAGUACGCCGUGUGUCACUGGUUUCAGAAGACAGCCGAGCAUGUUUUUGGAUGUGUGCUCUGCAGUCCCGGCUGCUUCAGUUUGUUCAGGGGAGCUGCCCUGAUGGAUGACAAUGUAAUGAAGAAAUAUGCUACGAAAGCCACAGAGGCAGCCCAAUAUGUGCAAUAUGAUCAAGGUGAGGACCGCUGGCUGUGUACUUUGCUUCUACAACAAGGCUGGCGAAUAGAGUACACUGCAUCUUCUGAUUCCUACACGAAUGCCCCUCAGGAGUUUAAAGAGUUUUACAACCAAAGGCGGCGCUGGGGACCCUCAUCUUUGGCAAACACUCUUGACCUUCUGAACACAGGAAAAGAAACUUCAAGGAAAAAUUCAUCUAUAUCAAGACUGUAUAUCCUGUAUCAGAUUUUACAAACCGCCUUCUCCAUUUUAGCACCUGCCACAGUUUGUCUCAUGAUAGCAGGAUGCUUCACGUUUAUCUUUGGCUUGAAUGGAAAUAUCUCCCUUUUUCUGGCUGUUCUUCCUCCAGUUUUCUACAUGGUGAUCUGUUUCACAUGUAAAUCUGACAACCAAAUCCUGGUUGCUGGUUUCAUGAGUAUAUUUUAUGCAUUUCUCAUGGCAGCCACCUUCCUCAGCAUUAUAGUUGACAUGGUCAAGCAACAAACAUUCAUCACCCCCAGUGGUCUGUUUUUCAUUUUUUUAGUGGUGCUUUACUUUGUAGCAGCUCUGAUGCACCCCCAGGAAUUCCACCUUGUCCUCUAUGGAUUUAUUUAUAUAAUUUGUGUGCCAAGUGCUUAUCUGCUCUUAAACAUAUACACACUGGUCAACCUGAAUAAUAUUUCCUGGGGAACCCGAGAGACAGCAACCUAUGAGAAGCUGGGAACAAGAAAAGCCAAAAAAUAUGUGAAGUAUGAAAAGAAGUGCAAAUGUCUCUGCUGGAAUUUAGAAUUUCAAGUAAAUGAGGACCAGAAAAUAUCAGCUUCCUCCAACCCAGAAGAAGUAGUGCUUCUGAAUGAUGCUUCUGAAAGCCAAAAUGAAGAAACUGAAAACUUUGAGGCCGGUGCAAUAGAUGACACUGUGGAUGAAAGAUGGAUUCAGCAGCUUCAAGAGAACACAGAUCAUAUUGAACUUGUUGAAGAUAAACUUGAUGAAGAUGAAAUUCCCUUUUGGAAAGGGCUCAUACAUUAUUACUUAGAACCUCUCAAGGAAGAUAAGCAGAAACAAUCAGAAAUAAUCAAAGACCUCAGAAACCUCAGAAACAAGGCUACCUUCGUAUUUUUCUUCAUCAACUGUUUAUGGAUAGUUUGCACAUUCUUUCUUCAACUAAUUGGUUCUGGUGUCAGCAUAAAUCUACCGAAGAUAUCUGUAGACGGUGAAACAGUAAAAGAUGCAGAGAUACAUAUUGAUGCAAUUGGACUGGUAAUACUCCUGGGUUUUGCUGGCUUGCUGAUGGUGCAGUUUGUUUCCAUGAUUUACCACAGAAUCUACACACUGAUCCACCGAAUGGCCUAUAUUGGAUCAGCAAGUAAAGAGUCAGAAAAAAAACCUUUACUAAAGUCAAAAGCUGAACCCUGGGACCCGGAAAUGAUUCCGGAACCUGAAAAGAAUAUCCAGAAAAAAAGGAAAAGUUUCGAUGGACAGCUGGAAUACAGUGGGAUAAACUGCCAUGGAAUGGACUAGAUGUAAUAUAGGACAGUAAACCCAGGAAAAAUAACAACAUAUUUCUUGCUAUUUGAUGUGUUCACUUUUUUAAUGCUAUCUGUACAUUUCUGCUCUAUGUAAAGUGUGAUGUGUCAAUGUCCCAUCACCUUUUUUGCAUCAAUUAGGGUAUUUUUAAUCAGUCAUUUUAAUUGAAGAAGUACUUAAUCUGUAUGUUUGAUUGCAAUGAGCAUAAGUAUUCUGAUAUUUUUCAUGUUGUAAGGUUUCAAAUAAACAUGUACUAAUGUAUUUUGUGUAUAGAUAUGCAUUUGGAAGGAGUCCCGUGUUAGCCUGGUAUUAGGGUGUAUGUAAGUUUCCUAUUGUAUUGUUCCCACAGGAGUACAGGGUUAGAAUGGUGAAAUGGUCUACCAUUGUAUAGGUUCAUUAUAUGUGAGAGGGCUGUGUCAGCUAAAGUGAAACAGAUGUAAACCAAAACCAGAUGUCAGAGUAUGGAAUUCUAUAGGAUUAAGACUGCGUAUGUUCCCAGCCAAAUGAAAUGCAACUAUAAAAGCUUCAAUGGGAUUACACUUAUUUGAAUUGCUCGGGUCUGAAAGGGCAUUCCCAGUUGAAGGUUUAUGGCUAAUUACUGACUGCAAGUUAGACUAUCAUUAUUCGACUAGAAGAAUGGGUUGCAAUAAUUGUGAUGCUUCUGUAGCUUGAAAAACCAGUGAAUAUAAACAGAUGUAAUCAUGUAUUGACUCAUGAAUUGUUAAGAAUAAUCUUUUUUUUAUUAAUCAAUAAACUCUGUAAUUCAAAUUAUAAAAAGUAGAAUUGUCUGAUUCAUUAUAAAUUAAGAAAAUUUCCACACCCUAUAAAGUCAUGUAAACGCAGUUUUCCAAAAACGUAACAGAACAUUUUAAAAGUACAUUUUCAUAAAACAUCACCUAGAAUAUUACAAUAGUAUUCUGAAAACAUUUAUGGUGUAAACACACUUCAGAGCACCCACAUUUUAAAUAGGACCAGUUAUUUAAAUAGCCCUGCUACCUACUCUUACUGUCAGUAUAAAUGUAGAGUAGGUGAUGGGUUUAUCUGUCUUUUAUAAUAGCUGCUUCAAUUUGCUUAAUGAUCAGCAUUAAUGAUACAAGCACAUUGAAAUUUAACUGGGCAGCAGUGUGGAGUAGUGGUUAGGGCUUUGGACUCUUGACCAGAGGGUCGUGGGUUCAAUUCCAGGUGGGGGACACUGCUGCUGUACCCUUGAGCAAGGUACUUUACCUAGAUUGCUCCAGUUAAAACCCAACUGUAUAAAUGGGUAAUUGUAUGUAAAAAUAAUAUGAUAUCUUGUAACAAUUGUAAGUCAUCCUGGCUAAGGGCGUCUGCUAAGAAAUAAUAAUAAUAAAAAUAAUAAUGAUGUAAUUACUUGGCAUACCCAAGUAAACCCUCAGAUAGCAACUCAUAACACAACACAACAAACAUUUGGUGUGACCAGUCUGUAGUCACCGCAGCAGUUAAUAAUGGAAAGAUCUUUGCCCUAUGAUGUCACAGGCCAGCUUCCGUUCCAACCCCUGUUGUCUUAAAUACCAGAGUAAAAGUGGCUUGGACAAAAAAAGAAUGAUCCUAAGACAAUUGAUAAAACAGUAGAAAAAUGAAAAUGUGCAAUAAUGUUCUUUCUCUCGUUAUGUGUACCUACAGUUAUUUCCAUGUGAUAUGGCUCAAGAUUGCUAACAACAUUAUUAUUCAGGGUUUACAUCUGUUUGAAUCCCAACAAUUUGGAUCCAAUAACGCUAAAACAAGCAGCAACUGAAAUCAACUGUACAACUGCAGGAAUUCAAUCAUUGGACAUUACUAAUUGGAUUACAGCAAUGACAGCCAAAUAAAUCAUUUUAUAUUUGAAGAGGGGCAGGAGAGGUGGGGAAUCUGUGAACCUCAGAUGGUUAUUUGGAGAAAGGGCAACAUUCUGGAAGAUGGGAAUUUUGCCUGCAAAUGAUGACCAAAAUGAAAUAUUUACCUUGGAAACUGUUUCACCUUUAAUGCAACUACCAUAGGGUAUAUUUGCAGAAAUUAACUUGUUUAUUGUCACAUUCUUAUGUUUUCCAUGUGUAUCAAACUUUAUGUACUGUAGGUCCACCUCUGCAAUUUUGCAAAUUGUUCCUACUUUGCAUGCAUUUUUUAUGUCAGUGCUGUCCUUAAACAACUUCAGAAUGCUGUUCAGAACUAUGAGAACUGAUACAUAUUAAAAUAUAUAUUUAAAGAUGGUGCUGACAUAAAAAAAUAAAUAAUGCAAAGUAUGAAGAAUGUACUUAAAUGGGCCUAAAUAGGAUUUGAUACAUAUGAAAAAAAACAAUGUGGCAAUAGCAGGGCUCUAGACUGUGACUAAAAUGGUCACCAUUUGACCUAAGAAUAGUUUUGGCAACUGAUGUUUGGGGUUGAGGCACCAUUGGUUCCUGACACUAAAAUACUGCCUUUCCCUUUACGGUGGGUGUGGCAGGGCAGAAGAAAAGCCCUACACAUAAUUAGGGGGCAGGGAAAAGCCCUGCAUGUAAAUAAACGUAUUGUGUUUAAUGUAUUAUUAUUUAAAAGAUAUGUAUUGUUUGUGUUUAUUUAAAAUACGAUGUGUCCAUUGGUUAUUGUUUAGUUUAAGUGUGGUCUGACAGUGUGGUGUUAGCAGCUUGUCUCUGCCAGACAGCUCGUGAGAAUGCGUGGUCAGCAGUGAAUUAAUUAACAGAGUUGCUGUCGACCAUGCUAAUAUUAAAAACCCUGUACAGAAUGUGACCAUCUCCACGUUCAUUGAUUAAUUUAAUGCUAAUCUGGAGAUGGUCACCGGUAUAAAAACUAGCAGCUUUUGCCAGUCGGUGUGGGUGUUUGGAAAGAGGAACGUGAGCGAGCUGAAAGAAAAUCUAAAACAAAACAGAAAGUAAAAGCAAUUGCUACUCCUGCUGGGCAGACCAGCACGGAAUUUGUUUGGUGUUUUGUGUUCAAGAUUUGUUUUUGUUCAACCUUUUAUGUGGUUCUGUGAGCCGUGUUUUGUACAAUCUUUUGUUUUAUUUUUGUGUGAAUAAAAACCGGCACAUCAGCGCCUUCAUUCGCUAA